AUGGGUACACGCAAGAUGCGUGUUAGAAUUUCGCUAUUCGUUAUUGUUACAAUUUUUGGGUUCUUUCCAUUUGGAAGUGCUGCAUCAGCACAUAUACAUACUCAUAUACACAACAAACCCAACAGCCAUGAAAGGACAGAUGAUGGUGCAUUCAGUCCACGAGACGCGAAUCAUUAUACAGGAGGAGAACAUCAGGAAUUUGAUCAUGAAGCUAUUCUGGGAAGUGCCAAAGAAGCGCAGGAGUUUGAUAAACUUCCAAUGCAAGAAUCAAAAAGACGUUUAGGAAUAUUGUUGAAAAAAAUGGAUUUGAAUAAUGAUAAGUUCAUUGAAAGGAAUGAACUAAAAGCUUGGAUCUUACGUUCAUUUAGCAUGCUUUCUGCAGAGGAAUCUCAGGAUCGGUUAGAAGAUGUUGAUAUCGAUGAAGAUGGUAAAGUUAGUUGGGAUGAGGUUCUACGAGAUACAUAUCUCACUGAUUCAGAAGAUGCAGCUUUAGAUGAAAAACUCAUAAGCGAUGAUGAAGAGACAUUUGAAGCUGCUGAUAUAGAUAAAAAUGGUUAUCUGGAUUCAGAAGAAUUCAAAGCGUACACCCAUCCUGAAGAAACACCUAGAAUGUUUCCACUCUUAUUGAAACAAGCUUUAGAUGACAAAGAUACCGAUAAAGAUGGAUAUAUUAGCUUUCAAGAAUUUAUUGGCAAUAGGGCAAAAUCAGAAGAUAAAGAGUGGUUAAUAAUAGAGAAGGAUAAAUUUGAUUAUGAACAUGAUAAAAAUGGUGAUGGAAGAUUAGAUUCAGAUGAAAUACUUUCGUGGCUAGUACCAAGCAAUGAGGAAAUUGCGAGUGACGAAGUAGACCAUUUAUUUGCUGCAUCUGAUGACGAUCACGAUAACAGAUUAUCGUUUGAUGAAAUUUUGGAACAUCACGAUACUUUUGUAGGUAGUGAAGCGACAGAUUAUGGAGAUCAUUUGCAGGACAUUGAACGUUUCACUGAUGAACUUUGAGAAACGAUAAGCACAAAUUUUAUCCCUCUUCGUAAUUCCUAUCAUAAAUUUACAUGACUGAAAAUAUUUUUAAUACUUCUUAAUGCCACAUUUUUAACUCUUCUGUGUUUCGGUAUUCCAACUUAUUCUGUGUUUAGAAUAUAUAUUAUAAGCAGUUAUACGGAACUAUUUAAAAAUGCACAAAAUACUCAACAAAUAGUGUCUCAGUUAUACAGUCUUCCAAUUUUUAUUAAACUUUAGUGCCAUAGAAACACUGGCAUUACAUUAUGAAACGUUAAACUAGGGUUUAUGUUACAUAUUGUUAGUAAGAGUUACCAAAUACCAUUUGUAUUUCAUUUUUAGUAUUUAUUGCGUAACUGAUCGGUUACGCAUAUCCCACGAUAUAAUUUUCUCAUUAUUGUUGAAAUUCUAAUUAGUUAAUUGAAAAUUGAAGUGGCAAUUUAAGUAAAUAGUAAUUUAAAAUAUUAGAUUUUACUAAUUAUUGUUCAAUAUUCGUAUAUAAUGCAAGUUCAAAAAUCAUCAACGGAAAAAUGGAGGAAAUUAUUCUGUUUAUGCAACUUAGUUUAAUUAAAAACUGAAAAUUAUGAGAUAAUUAUAUCAUAAUAUAUUCACUGUUUGAUGCAGUGUUACCUUCUUUUCGUAUUAUAUAACGAAUAAUGUGUAAUGUGAUGAAUUUUUUUUUAAUAAAACGUGAAUAGACCAAAUCUGCA